AUGGCAGAAGGGGCUGCAGCUUUUGCCAUUGCCGGCAACGUUCUACAAUUCGUCGAAUUCGCGACAAAAUUCGGCAACAAAUGUCUCGAAAUUCACCGUGCUGGCGGGAGUGCUCCUGGCGACUUGCAGAGUCUUCGCUUUCUUGUGGACAGCCAGCAGAGUACAUUGCAACGACUGAGGGUCCCCGAUUCCGAACAUUCGAAAAUAUCGCUGGAGCAUGUAGAGGUCGCAAACGUUGCGGAAGCAUGUUACGAGAGGUUUGCAGACAUUUCGAAGUCUUUGGAUCGAAUCGGUAUAACAAACGGCAAGACGGUGCGCAGUGUCGUUCUAAACGCGUUCAAGGCGACCUGGAAUCAGGACAAGAUCGAGGCUCUCAGAAACGAGGUUGCAUCUUUCAGUCAGAGCUUGAACACGUCGCUCCUCCACUCUUUAAGAGAGUACGCUGCCAAGUCAGAAGAGCAACAGAUUGCUAUAUUGGAAAAGCUUGACAUUAUUCAGGACAACACUGGCACUCUGACAAGCACCUCUAUUGUUGAAGGACAGGAAGCCUCCUGGAAUGCACCCGGAGAUGCGGUCAUAGCCUUCAUAGUUCACUCUCUUGAUGCAGAACCUGAAGAGCGCGAAAAAAGCGCCAUGGAAUUGCGACAAGGCAUACUUCAGCGGAUUCUCCUCAAUACAUCCAGUAGGGUGCACCAUGGCGAAGAAGCGAGCCCUCCGUCAAUCAAUCUACCUCGGGAUCGUGAAAAACAGCUUCAGGCCACGAUAUUGGCAAGCUUUGUCUACGAUGUGAUGGAUGAUCGACAUUCGAGGAUCAUCGAUGCUCACGAGGAAACGUUCCGCUGGAUAUUCGAGCAUCCCAAAGAGGAUCCAGGGAAGUGGUCCGACUUCAAAGACUGGCUCAAGUCCGAUGACCAGCUUUAUUGGAUUACAGGGAAAGCGGGAUCAGGAAAGUCUACCCUCAUGAAAUUCAUCUGCAGCUCAGCUCCGGAAACCCUUCCAGCUAAUGCGAUGGACCCUGACGCAUCAUCCAACAAUCAAUCCGAGCGAUGCCGUCACGAUCUGCUUGAUUGGGCUGGAAGCAGACCCCUGAUAAUCGCGUCAUUUUACUUUUGGGCGUCCGGGAACGAGUUGGAGGCCUCACCAAAGGGUCUUUACAUGUCGCUCAUAUUUCAAAUCCUUCAACAUUGCCCAGAAAUGAUACCCCGUGUGGCACCCCUUUGGUGGGAAGCAUUAUCACUGUUUGACGAUAAACCCUCACAAAUGACAGAAAUUGAAUUAGAAGCAAUGAUACGGCUUGUGGUCAUCGAAGCACAGAAAGAACGAAAUAUCUGUCUUUUCAUCGACGGACUUGACGAGUUUUCUGGCAACCCGAAAGAACUCAUUGCUUUGAUCAAAUUCAUCCUUGAAUGCCCAAACGUCAAGGUAUGCGUCUCCAGUCGUCCAUGGGUCGUCUUUGAAGAUGCUUUCGAGCACGAACCGAGUCUGAAGCUCGAAGACUUGACCUAUAAGGACAUUAAAGGCUUCAUUGCCAAGAACUUUGCUGAGGAUCCGGGAUUUGCAAGACUGGCAAGAAGGGAGCCAAAAUACGCUAGUCAGCUGGAAGAUCGCAUUGCAACCAAAGCCGCCGGAGUGUUCCUGUGGGUCAGCAUGGUCGUCAGGUCUCUUCUAUCUGGCAUGGGAAACGAUGACAGAGUUUCCGACAUGCAAAGAAGACUUGAUCAGUUACCGCAGGAGUUGGAGACUCUUUACAGCACAAUGCUCGAUUCUCUAGAAGGGUUUUACUUUGAACACGCAGCACAGUAUUUCCUGCUCGUGGAGGCCUGGAAGACAUCGCCGCCUGCUGUGUUGUUUGACUUUGCCGACGAGGAAGUUGGAUACCCCAUCAAGCUCCGUGUUCGGGAGUUUUCCCAGGAUGAGGUCCGCGAGCGAGCCGAGACAGCUCGUCGCAGAAUUAACAGUCGUUGUCGAGGGCUGCUUGAGGUGACAUCCCCUUCGUCAGCCGCCAAAGGCGUCGAGGGGUUUGGAACAGUACAAUACCUCCACAAGACUGUAAGGGAUUACAUCCUGAGUCCAGCUAUAGACGAGAGAAUCAAAGCCGCCAGGCCGGAUUUCGACAGUCAUCUUCGCAUAUGCUCUGCAUACUUGUCCGCCUUCAAGACCGUUGUGAUCCAGGAUAGACACCAACCCUUUCGUGGCAAACUGCCUACUGGCAAAUCUACCUGUAAAUCUUCCGAUGACGCUAACGCAGAAUGCGACCAAGAACUGGAGAGAAACAUGAGCAAUUUCGCUGCAUGUUGUCUGCAAUCGGCAUCCAAGGUCAAGAAAGAGAAUACGGCUAUAAUGGUAGACCUACUUGACUCUCUACGCGACUCAUCCGCACGGAUGAUUGGUGAUGAUGAGAAGAGGCAAGCACGCUUCUACCGUUCGGUAUCCCGCUCAGAAGGUCUCGGCAACUGGUACAACACGAAGGCGGGAUCCGGCUUCCUUUCACUUGCAGUGCGGCUUGGUGCGGUGAAUUAUGUCGAGAAGAAGGUAUCUCCAGGAUGUUUAGUACCUCGGGCUUCCUCUGAGUCGAUCAAAAAGUUCCAAAUGUCUCCAGUACUCCGAUUUAGACAACUCAUUGGCGAUACAAGGAAAAGCGACGCGACACACGUAUCCAACGACGAGCGACAUUUGUAUUGGCCACUUCUUGUAGACGCACUACACCAUAUUCCACCACAGCUGGAUAUGGUCAGGCUCUGUCUAGAAAAAGGGGCCGAUCCGAACUUUCAGCUCCACGGAAACGGGUCGACUAUAUGGACGGAAUGGAUUGCGGACAUGAUCCUACGCAUUGCAGUCGAGAAAGAAAAGGGUUCCAUCCUAGACAUCACACGAGAAAGAAUGAAGGAGUGUUUGGCGCCAAGGUGGGAUGCUACGCAGCUGCUGAUUGAACAUGGAGCGCAUGUGGAUUCACAUGCUCUAGCACUUGCAAGAGCGAGAUGGGCAUACUUGAAAACGCAACUUAGCGACAGAGAGGCAAAAAGGUUUGUUGAAAUAUUAAUAAGUCCUAAAACGCAGGACAGAAGUUACGAUUCGCACUAUGCUCAAGCAGCUAUGCUGAUUACUUGA